AUGACGGCUUGUCAAGCACUCUUUUCGCGCGGUGUUUUGCGUGCUCCCACUACUUGUCUCUCCUCCAAGUCUGCUGCUGCUCCCUUUGCCAGGACGACCUCCAUUGUUUGCUCGGGCCGCCCCCACUUGUACCGUCUCAAGAAGAACUGCCCCUCCUCCACCAAAAUCGGGACUCUCUCUUACACCACCAUCGCCGACACCCUUUCUUCAACACCACCCGCCGGACGGUCGUCACCACUCUUGUUCAACCGCAAAAACAGCACAAUGACCACCGCCGCUCCCAUUGACCAGUUGGUCAAGCAGGUCGACGGCCUCAGCCUCGACGCCAUCAAGGCCAAGUUCCCCGAGAACUACCCCGAGUUGAACCUUAUGGACCUCUACCGCGCCCAUCUGUCCAACGUUCUCUCCGAGGUCACGGGCGUCGACACUUCGCUCAUCUACCCCAACCUGGGAUGGACUUCCGGUCUCGAGAAGGGCGACAUGGCCCUCCCCGUCCCCGCCCUCAGGGUAAAGGGCAAGAAGCCUAACGAGCUCGCCGAGGAGUGGGCUGCCAAGUUCCCCGACACCGAUCCCCUCUUCUCCAAGCCCACCGUCAGCCAGGUCCAUCUCAGCUUCUUCAUCAAGGCCUCUCCCCUCGUCAACGCCGUCAUUCCCUUGGUCCACGCCAAGGGCGCCGACAAGGGCCAGAAGCGCAUCAUCGUCGAGUUCUCCUCCCCCAACAUUGCCAAGCCCUUCCACGCUGGCCAUCUCCGUUCCACCAUCAUCGGUGGUUUCCUCUCCAACCUUUACGCCGGCGCCGGCUGGGAUGUCAUCCGCAUCAACUACCUCGGCGACUGGGAGGACCCCAUCAACCACCUCUUCCAGCUCUACGUCCGCAUCAACACCGAGAUGACCGCCGAGAAGGAGGAGUUCACCAAGCGCAAGGAGGCCGGCGAGGAUGUUUCUGCCCUCGAGGCCAACAGCUUGGACGAGCAGGCCCGCCGCUACUUCAAGAAGAUGACCGACCGCGACGCCGAUGCCCUCGCCAUGUGGAAGCGCUUCCGUGAUCUCUCCAUUGUUCGUUACAAGGACACCUACGCCCGCCUCAACAUCCACUUCGACGAGUACUCCGGCGAAUCCCAGGUCACCGAGGAUGCCAUGAACGAGGUUGGCAAGCUCAUGGAGGACAAGAAGAUCUGCAAGGAGGACAAGGGCGCCCAGCUCAUUGACUUCUCCGAGCUCAUUCCCGGCAAGGAGGGCAAGCGUCUCGAGAAGCCUCUCGUCAGGAAGAGGGAUGGCACCGCCCUCUACCUCACCCGUGAUAUCUCUGAGCUCCUCGGCCGUCACGAGAAGUAUCACUUCGACAAGAUGAUCUACGUCGUCGCCUCCGCUCAGGAUCUCCACUUGAGGCAGCUCUUCAAGAUCAUCGAGCUCCUCGGCUACAAGGAUAUUGCCGACAAGUGCCAGCACAUCAACUUCGGUCUCGUCCUUGGUAUGUCCACCCGCAAGGGCACCGUCAAGUUCCUUGACGACAUCCUCCGUGACGUUGCCGACAAGAUGCACGAGGUCAUGAAGAAGAACGAGAACAAGUACUCUCAGAUUGAGGACCCCCUGGCCACCGCCGACGUUCUCGGUAUCUCGUCCGUCAUGGUCCAGGAUAUGUCUGGCAAGAGAAUCAACAACUACACCUUCAACAUGGAGACCAUGACCUCGUUCGAGGGUGACACCGGGCCGUACCUGCAGUACGCCCACGCUCGUCUUAACUCGAUCAGGCGCAAGGCUGGCGUGUCCGACGAGGAGCUCGCCACCGCCGACCUGUCUCUCCUUACCGAGACCAGCGCCAUCAACCUGUGCCGCCACAUGGCCGGCUGGCCCGAUGUCGUCAAGAACACGCUCAAGACCCUCGAGCCCACCACCGUCCUUACUUACCUGUUCAAGUUGACGCACGCCCUCAGCAGCUCCUACGACCAGCUCCAGGUCGUCGGUAGCGAGCCCGAGUUGAUGAAGGCCCGUCUGGCCCUGUACACUGCUGUGCAGACUGUUCUUGCUAACGGCAUGCGCCUUAUUGGCUUGAGCCCUGUCGAGCGGUAUGUGGUUUCUGAUGUUGCUCCUGACUGA